UUAUCUAUCUUUCUUGUGCAUUCCUUUCACCAUCACCAUCGUCUUCUCUUUUCACUUCCGAGUGCGGUCAGAUUAGGUUGCCCGCCUACUGCUCUGCUAUGCUCUCCUAACCCUAAUGCAGGCUGGUAUUGAAUCCAAAACUCGUUCGGAAAUGACAUCGAAAGGCUCCUUGCUGUGCUAUAACCGAGGAUGUGGACAGAGAUUUGACCCAGAAGACAAUGGCGAUGAGGUUUGCCUUCACCACCCUGGUGCCCCCUUUUUCCAUGAUGCUUAUAAAGGGUGGUCUUGCUGCAAGAAAAAAUGCACAGAUUUUACUGAAUUUCUUAACAUUAAAGGAUGCUCCAGGUCACCCCACAACAGUGAGAAACCCGUAGAAGCAGAGAAGCCUGAAGUAGAUAAAUCAAAAGCAAGUGAAAUCAUUGAAUAUAAAGCUCCUGAACCAUUAAAACCAUCGACUUUGCUGAGACCACCAUUUGACUCUCCUCUAAUCAAACUGCAAUACUCAGUUAGUGCUAGUCUUCAACAAGAACUGGAAAAAAGUAAACCCACUGACAAUUCGUCUCAAACGGCCAUAAAUAACUCGUUUUCUGAUAGUAUCAGAAUAGGCGCUAGUUGCAAGAAUGGAGGUUGUCAGCAGACAUACCAAAAUGAGUCCAGUAACGAUUCACCAUGUUUGUUUCAUCCUGGUGUGCCCAUCUUCCAUGAAGGUCUUAAGUAUUGGACUUGUUGUACUCGACGCACAAGUGACUUUCAAGCUUUCCUGAACCAGGAAGGCUGUGAGACUGGAACACACGAUUGGAAAACUGAGAAAGAGGAGCUAAUCAAGAAAUCAGCUCAAUGUCGGCAAGAUUGGAUGCAAACUGGGACGCAUGUCAUAGUAAACAUUUACUGCAAAAAACCCGACCCUAGUAACGAAACUUUGACCUAUGUCGAAGUGAAUCCUGUUCGCUUACGCGUCAAAAUUCAUUCGCUUACUGGAGGACCUUCUUAUAACUCCGAUAUUGAGCUGCGAGGAAUUAUCGACACUGUGAGCAGUAGCGUUACCUACACACCGAGCAAAGUUGAAAUCAAACUGAAGAAAGCCGAACCUAUGUCAUGGAACAAGCUGGAAGUACCUCGUCAAGAACCUUUGGUAGCGCAACCAGGUGCGGUGCAAAAAGUAGAUAAAGAGGAAAACAUGCCCAAAGUCGAUGUGUUGGAUCUAAGUGAUCUAUAACAUUAUUUACUUGGAUCGUGUUAAACAUAAAAAAUUAAACUUUGUCAAAGAAUGCCGCGUAUUCGAGGUUAUUCUGUGCUCCGUAUUGAGUGCGAAACAAAUCAGAAUAAUAAAUA